AUGGGUGUCGGCCGCAGGAAGCUGGCCCUGCUCUGGGCCCUGGGCCUCACUCUGGCCUGUGCCCAGCACACAGGCCAGGCCCGGGACAGCGCUGCAGAGCUCGGCUAUGAGUACCCGGACCUCCCUCCCGCCCCCCAGGGGCCUGGCGGCAACUCCCUCCGUGGGGUGACCAUCCACCCGCCUCUGAGGAACACCCCCCUCGUGCGAGCCCUGAACGCGGCGCACGGCGGGCGGGUGUGCAGCACGUGGGGCGACUUCCACUACAAGACCUUCGACGGCGACGUCUUCCGCUUCCCCGGGCUGUGCAACUACGUCUUCUCCGCGCACUGCGGUGCCGCCUACGAGGACUUCAACCUCCAGCUCCGCCGCGGCCCCAACGCCACCGCGCCCAGCAGCCUCACCAUGAAGCUUGUCGGCAUGGUCGUCAAGCUGACCAAGAGCUCCGUCCUGGUCGACGGCCGCCCAAUUCAGCUGCCCUUCAGCCACUCCGGAGUCCUCAUUGAGCAGAGCGGCAGCUACGUGAAGGUGGUGGCCAGGCUGGGCCUGGUCUUCAUGUGGAACCAGGAUGACAGCCUCCUGCUGGAGCUGGACGCCAAGUACGCCAACCAGACCUGCGGGCUCUGCGGAGACUUCAACGGCGUCCCCGUCUUCAACGAGUUCUUCGUCCACAACAUCAAGCUGACCCCCACCGAGUUUGGGAAUCUGCAGAAGAUGGACGGCCCCACGGAGCAGUGCCAGGACCCUGCCCCUGAGCCCCCUGUGAACUGCUUGACCGGUUUUGGCAUCUGCGAGGAGAUACUGAGCAGCAAGCUGUUCUCGGACUGUGCCGCCCUGGUGGACGCCAGCAGCUACCUGGAGGCCUGCCGCCAAGACCUCUGCCACUGCGACCAGGCCAACGUCAGCAGCUGCCUCUGCCACACCCUUGCCGAGUACUCCCGCCAGUGCGCCCACGCCGGGGGGCUGCCCCUGGACUGGCGGGGCCCCCAGCUCUGCCCCCAGACGUGCCCCUUCAACAUGCAGUACCGCGAGUGUGGGUCGCCCUGCGUGGACACCUGCUCCAACCUGGAGCACUCCCAGCUCUGCGAGGACCACUGCGUGGCUGGCUGCUUCUGCCCCGAGGGGACGGUGCUGGAUGACAUCGGCCACACUGGCUGCGUCCUGGUGCCCCAGUGCUCCUGUGUGUACAACGGGGCCACCUACACUCCAGGGACCGGCUACUCCACAGACUGCACCAACUGCACCUGCUCUGGAGGCCAGUGGAGAUGCCAGGAGGUGCAGUGCCCGGGCACCUGCUCGGUGCUGGGCGGUGCCCACUUCUCCACGUUCGACGAGAGGCAGUACACGGUACACGGGGACUGCAGCUAUGUGCUGGCCAAGCCCUGUGACAGCAGCGCCUUCACCGUGCUGGCCGAGCUGCGCAGGUGUGGACUGACCGACAGUGAGACCUGCCUGAAGAGCCUGACACUGAUCCUGGGUGGGGGGCACAUGGUCUUCGUGGUAAAGGCCAGCGGGGAGGUGUUUGUGAACCAGAUCUACACCCAGCUGCCCCUCUCAGCAGCCAACGUCACGCUCUUCAGACCCUCCACCUUCUUCAUCAUCGCCCAGACCCAGCUGGGCCUGCAGCUGGACAUCCAGCUGGUGCCUAUCAUGCAGGUGUUCGUGAGGCUGGCGCCCCAGCUCCGGGGGCAGACCUGCGGCCUGUGCGGGAACUUCAACCAGAACCAAGCCGACGACUUCCGGACCAUCAGCGGCAUGGUGGAGGGCACGGCCGCCGCCUUCACCAACACCUGGAAGACCCAGGCCGCCUGCCCCAAUGUCAAGAACAGCUUCGAGGACCCCUGCUCCCUCAGCGUGGAGAACGAGAAGUACGCUCAGCACUGGUGCUCGCGGCUGACAGACCCCCACGGCCCCUUCACCCGGUGUCACACUGCUGUGGACCCCAGUGCCUACUACUCGAACUGCAUGUUUGACACGUGCAGCUGUGAGAAGAGCGAAGACUGCAUGUGUGCGGCCCUGUCCUCCUACGCGCGGGCCUGCGCUGCCCGGGGCGUGCUGCUCGGCGGCUGGCGGGACGGCGUGUGCACAAAGCCCAUGACCACCUGCCCCAAGUCGCUGACCUAUCUCUACAACAUCAGCACCUGCCAGCCCACCUGCCGGGCCCGGAGUGACGCAGACGUCACCUGCAGCGUCAGCUUCGUCCCCGUGGACGGCUGCACCUGCCCCGACGGCACCUUCCUGGAUGAUAUGGGCAAGUGUGUGCCGGCCACCAGCUGCCCCUGCUACCAUGGGGGCUCCGUGGUCCCCAAUGGGGAGUCGACGCAUGAGCAGGGGGUCGUCUGCACCUGCACCCAGGGCACACUGACCUGCAUCGGAGGCCACGCCCCAGCUCCAGUCUGUACCCCACCCAUGGUCUACUUUGACUGCCGCAAUACCACGCCUGGGGCCGCCGGGGCCGGCUGUCAGAAGAGCUGCCACACGCUGGACAUGGACUGUUACAGCUCCCAGUGUGUGCCUGGCUGUGUGUGUCCCCACGGGCUGGUGGCCACUGGCGACGGCGGCUGCAUCCCUGUGUCCGACUGCCCCUGUAUGCACAACGAGGCCAGCUACCAGCCGGGCCAGACCAUCCGGGUGGGCUGCAACACCUGCACCUGUAAGAGCAGGAUGUGGCAGUGCACAGACCGGCCCUGCCCAGCCACCUGCGCGGUGUACGGCGACGGCCACUACCUCACCUUCGACGGGCGGCGCUACAGUUUCAGCGGAGACUGCGAGUACACACUGCUUCAGGACCGCUGUGGGGGCAAUGGCAGCGCCCAGGACGCCUUCCGUGUCAUCACCGAGAACGUCCCCUGUGGCACCACCGGGACCACCUGCUCCAAGGCCAUCAAGAUCUUCCUGGGGAGCUACGAGCUGAAGCUGAGCGACGGGAACGUGGAGGUGAUCGAGAAGGAACAGGGGCAGCUGCCACCCUUCUCCAUCCGCCAGAUGGGCACCUACCUGGUGGUAGACACGGACGUCAGCCUGGUGUUGCUGUGGGACAAGGGGACCAGCAUCUUCCUCAGACUCAGCCCUGAGUUCAAGGGAAGGGUCUGCGGGCUGUGCGGGAACUUUGACGACAACGCCCUCAACGACUUCACCACGCGGAGCCAGUCCAUGGUGGGCGACGCGCUGGAGUUCGGCAACAGCUGGAAAUUCUCCCCGUCCUGCCCGGACGCCCAGGCCCCCAAGGACCCCUGCACCGCCAACCCGUACCGCAAGCCCUGGGCCCAGAAGCAAUGCAGCAUCAUCAACAGCGCCACCUUCAGCGCCUGCCACGCCCACGUGGAGGCAGCCAGGUACUACGAGGCCUGCGUGAGCGACGCGUGCGCCUGCGACUCGGGGGGCGACUGCGAGUGUUUCUGCACGGCCGUGGCCGCCUACGCCCAGGCCUGCCGCGACGCGGGCGUGUGCGUGUCCUGGCGGAGCCCGGACAUCUGCCCCCUCUUCUGCGACUACUACAACCCUCAAGGCGAGUGCGCAUGGCACUACCAGCCCUGCGGGGCCCCCUGCCUGAAGACCUGCCGGAACCCCCGCGGCCAGUACCUGCACAACGUCGGCGGCCUGGAAGGCUGCUACCCCAAGUGCCCGUCAGAGGCCCCCAUCUUCGAUGAGGACCAGAUGCGAUGUGUAGCUUCAUGCCCAACCCCGACCCCAAGUAAUCCCUGCCUCGUCCAGGGCAAGACCUACACGCAGGGCUCCACAGUGCCCUCGGAAAAGAACUGCCACCACUGUGUUUGCACCGAGAGCGGCGUGCAGUGCACCUACGACUCUGAGGCCUGUGUCUGCACCUACGAUGGGAGGCGUUUCCAUCCCGGGGAAGUCAUCUACCACACGAUGGAUGGCACGGGGGGCUGCAUCAUCGCCCGCUGUGGGGCUAAUGGCACCAUCGAGAGGAGGGUCGAAGCCUGCACCCCCACCCCCCCCACCCCCCAAACCACCUUCUCCUUCUCUACAUCCCUGCUCGUCGUGAGCUCGACGCUUCCACCCAGCGCACGCCCCAGCCCUUCCGAAAGCACAGCGUACACUCCAAGCUCGGCCCCUGCCACCACCCUGGGCACGUCCCCCGGAUCAACGCCUCCCACAGCCUCCGCCCUGCCCUCGUCCCGGCCCCCCUGUGGGGAGGAGUGCCAUUGGUCGCCAUGGCUGGAUGUCAGCCAUCCGGGACGGGGCAUAGACAGCGGUGACUUCGACACGCUGGACAACCUCCGUGCCUAUGGGUACCGGGUUUGCCGAGUGCCGCGCGCGGUGGAGUGCCGAGCCGAGCGCGCUCCCGAGGUGCCGCUGGAAGUCCUGGGGCAGCGCGUGGAGUGCAGCCUGACGGUGGGGCUGACCUGCUACAACAGGGACCAGGCCUCUGGGCACUGUGACAACUACCAGAUCAGGAUCCUGUGCUGCUUGCCCCGGGCCUGCCCCACAAGCAGUACAGAGAGCACCCCUCCUACAACCUUCAGCACAACUGAAACUGGGCCCACGACAGGAACCAGCAAGGUUACACCUGUGCCGACAGGGAGCACAGAUUCCUCAGCCCCUGUCACCACACCUGGCCCAACCCCUGCCUCGACGACUAGCAAAGGGCCUGGCCCAGGUACCUCUACAACAACUGGGAAAACAGCCCUCGUGACCCCCAGCCCACCAGUUUCAGCAACAGCCGUGUCAGCCACAACCUCUGUGUCAGCCACAACCGCAACGCCCUCGAAGGGAACCUCACCUGAGCCAACACAGGACACCUGUUUACAAGAAUCAUGCACCUGGACCAAGUGGAUUGACGGCAGCUACCCGGGGGCAGGGAGGGACAGUGGAGAUUUUGACACUUUUCAGAAUCUGAGAUCCAAAGGUUACAAAUUCUGUGCAAAGCCCAAGAAUGUGCAAUGCCGGGCAAAAGACUUUCCCAACACCCCACUGCUGGAACUGGGGCAGAACCUGAUCUGUGACAAAAACGUGGGGCUGAUUUGCUGGAACAAAGACCAGCUGCCCCCCAUCUGCUACAACUACCAAAUCCGUAUCCUGUGCUGUGAGAUGGUGGAUGAUUGCAUAAAAACGACCAGUCACCCACCCACAGUUCCUACAACCAGCACCAGAACUGUGGAGACAACGAGCCCAACCACAGCUCCUACAACCAGUUCCAGAACUGUGGAGACAACCAGCACAACCUCAGCACCUACAAGAAGCACAAUCUCUACAACCGGCCCAACCUCAGCUCCUACAACCAGCACAACUUUUGUCUCUAUAUCUGAAACAACCCACUUCCAACCCCCGACCACCUCCUGCCCGCCACAGUGCCUGUGGACCAAGUGGUUCGAUGCAGACUUACCAUCUCCUGGGCCCCACGGAGGAGACUUUGAAACCUACAGCAACAUCAUCAGAAGAGGAGAGAAGAUCUGCCACAGACCCGAAUACAUCAGCGCCCUGGAGUGCCGAGCCGAGAACCACCCUGAUGUCAGCAUCCAGACGCUGGACCAGGUGGUGCAGUGCAGCCCGGAAGUGGGUUUGGUGUGUCGGAACCGGGACCAGAACGGCAAGUUCAGGAUGUGCCUCAACUACGAGGUGCGCGUGCUGUGCUGUGAGCCCCAGAAACACUGCUCUGUCACGUCUGUGACUCACUUUGUGACUUCAAGUCCCCAGUCCUCACUCUCUCCCAAGUCCACCCCCACCAUGGUUUCCCUGGUGACCUCCCCCAGCUCCGCACCGCCCUCCGUCACCAUGUGCUACUGCAGUGUGGCCCGCAGGUUCUACCCGGCAGGAUCCAUCAUUUACCAACAGACGGACCUCUCCGGGCACUGCUAUUAUGCUGUUUGCAGCCUGGACUGCCACGUGGUCAGGCGGGCCGACCACACCUGUCCCACCAGCACACCGCCUCCCACCCCGGCCACCUCCACGUCAGCGUCCUCUCCUCCUGCCUCUGUGACCGUUCCUCAGCGAGGAUGCCCAAAUGCAUUCACCCCGAGAAUGAAAGGCGAGACCUGGCCCAUGCCCAACUGCACUGAGGCCACUUGUGAGGGCAAUGAGGUCAUCACCGUGAGGUCGCGCCAGUGUCCAAAGGUGCCGGAGCUCACCUGCGCCAACGGCUACCCCGCUGUGAAGGCGGCCAGCCAGGAAGACUGCUGCCCACACUACGAGUGCCAGUGCGUGUGUAGCGGCUGGGGCGACCCCCACUACAUCACUUUUGAUGGCACAUACUACACGUUUCUGGACAACUGCACGUACGUGCUGGUGCAGCAGAUCGUGCCCGUGUUCGGACACUUCCGGGUGCUGAUCGACAACUACUUCUGUGAUGCUGAGGAUGGGCUGUCCUGCCCGCAGUCCAUUGUCAUCGAGUACCGGCAGGACCGCGUCGUGCUGACCCGCAGGCCCGUCGGAGGGGUCAUGACCAAUGAGAUCAUCUUCAACGGUGGGCUGGUCAGACCCGGCUUCCAGAAAGAUGGCAUCAUCGUCUCCCAAAUCGGCAUCAAGAUGUAUGUGACCAUCCCCGCCCUCGGUGUCCAGGUCAUGUUCAGCGGCCUCAUCUUCUCCGUGGAGCUGCCUUUCAGCAAAUUCGCCAACAAUACAGAGGGGCAGUGCGGCACCUGUACCAAUGACCAGAAGGACGAGUGCCGCCUGCCUGGGGGGGCGGUGGUACCCUCCUGCUCCGACAUGUCCGGCCACUGGAAUGUGACGUACCCCGGCGAGCCACCCUGCCACAAGCCUCCCCGGACACCCACCACAGUUGAGCCCAAAACAUCACCCACCUCGUGCCCACCUUCGCCAAUCUGCGAGCUAAUUCUGAGCAAGGUCUUCAAGCCGUGUCACUCGGUGAUCCCCCCGUGGCCGUACUACCAUGGCUGCAACUUUGACCAGUGCCACAUGCCCAGGGCAGACGUGGUGUGCUCCAGCCUGGAGCUGUACGCUGCCCUCUGUGCGUCCCUCAGCGUGUGCAUUGACUGGCGGGGCCUGACCAACCACACAUGCCUUUUCACCUGCCCUGCUGACAAGGUGUACCGGCCCUGCGGCCCGUCCAAUCCUUCCUACUGUUACACGAACGACAGUGCCGAUACCCUGGCCCUCCUGGAAGCCAUUCCCAUCACGGAAGGCUGCUUCUGCCGGGAGGACAUGGUGCUUUUCAGCUCGAGCACGGAGGUCUGCGUGCCAGCCAGCUGCAGCAGUUGUCUGGGGCCCCACGGGGAGCCUGUGGAGCCUGGCCACACGGUCAGCGUGGACUGCCAGGAGUGCACCUGCAAGGGCAGCACCCGGAAGCUGAGCUGCCAGACUCGGCCCUGCCCCCCGCCCCCCGCCUGCCCCGAGCCCGGCUCGGUGCCAGUGCCCGUGGCCCUGCAGACCAGCCAGUGCUGUCCCCAGUACACCUGCGCCUGCAACACCACAUACUGCCCCGCGCCCGUGGACUGUCCGGAAGGCUCCCGCUCCAUCCUGACCUAUAAGGAAGGGGCUUGCUGCCCGAGCCAAAACUGCAGCUGGACCGUCUGCAGCAUCAACGGAACCUUGUACCAGCCUGGUGCCAUCGUUUCCUCGAACCUGUGCGAAAAGUGUUGGUGUGAGCUGCCCGGUGGCCCCCAGUCGGACACGUUCGUGAUCAGCUGUGAGACCCAGAUCUGCAGCACCCUUUGCCCCGUGGGCUUCGAGUACCAGACACAGAGCGGGCAGUGCUGUGGCGAGUGCGUGCAGGUGGCCUGUGUCAUGAACACCAGCGACAGCUCUGCUCACCUCUUCUACCCCGGCGAGUCCUGGCCAGACCCUGCGAGCCGCUGCGUGACACAUAAGUGUGAGAAGUACCGGAAUGGGUUCAUGGUGGUGACCACGAAGAAGGCGUGUCCCCCCCUCAGCUGUCCUGCGGACGAGGCUCGGCUGAGCGAGGACGGCUGCUGCCGCUCCUGCCCCUACCCCACACCCAUGAACGGGUCAACCUGCGCCGUGUACCACAAGCUCCAGGUCCUCCAGCAGUCAGGCUGCAGCUCCGUGGGGCCCGUGCGCCUUGCCUACUGCCAGGGCAACUGCGGGGACACCACCUCCAUGUACUCCCUGGAGGCCCACACUGUGAAGCACAGGUGCAGGUGCUGCCGUGAGCUGCGGGCCUCUCUGCGGAACGUGACCCUGCACUGCGAGGACGGCUCCAGCCAGGCCUUCAGCUACACGGAGGUGGAGGAGUGCGGCUGUGUGGGCCUGCGCUGCGACCCCCACGGGGGCCUCGGCCACUCAGGGGAGGUGCAGGUGGCGCAGGGGGCCGGGCGGAGCCAGGAGACGGGGCCCAGGCGCUGGAGGAGAGGGGCCCCGGCUCCCCGGCCUCUUCACGGCCCCGGGUGUGCAGUGGCCCUGAUGGGCUUGCAGCUGCCUGCUCAGGACCAGCGCGGGUGGGCAGGGGGUGGGGGAGGCUCCUCUGGCUGCGGGUCCAGCCUGCUCGUCCCCGCCUUCAGCAUCACGAGACGGCCUGAGUGGGAGGUGGACGGACGUGGCAAUGAGGUCCGGGCAGGGAAGUCACUGCCACCCCCAUGGGACGCCCUCCUUGGGAGCAGGAAGUUCCCGGCCCUCUGGCUCUGGGAGCUGCUGCCCCAGUGA